AUUUAUUAGUUCUUCACUACUCGUACAGGAAAAAGUAACUUUCUGUAUGGGGGGAAUCCUUUAUUCUCAAUCAAGAUGCCUCAACUGGAUAAAUUCACUUAUUUCACACAAUUCUUCUGGUUAUGCCUUUUCUUCUUUACUUUCUAUAUUGCCAUAUGCAAUGAUGGAGAUGGACUACUUGGGAUCAGCAAAAUUCUAAAACUACGUAACCAACUGCUUUCACACCGUACGAACAACAUCCGGAGCAAGGACCCCAACAGUUUGGAAGAUAUCUUGAGAAAAGGUUUUAGCACCGGUCUAUCCUAUAUGUACUCCAGUUUAUUCGAAGUCUCCCAAUGGUGUAAGGCCAUCGACUUAUUGGGAAAAAGGAGGACGAUCACUUUGAUCUCUUGUUUCGGAGAAAUCAGUGGCUCACGAGGAAUGGAAAAGAACAUAUUAUAUUUGAUCUCGAAGUCCUCAUAUAGCACUUCUUCCAAUCCUGGAUGGGGGAUCACUUGUAAGAAUGACAUAAUGCUGAUCCAUGUUCUACACGGCCAAGGAAGCAUCGGUUUUUAAUCUCCUUAUGACUUGGUCGUUCAGAAGAGAUUCUUUCUCGAUCAGAAUAGUGGAAUGGAAGGCACUACAAGAAAGAUAUACUCCUUU